UUUCAACAUCUUUCUCUUCUUUUAUUCUGUGUCUUUUCUCUCUCUCUUUCCCUUGAAGCCCAUAGAUUCAAUUCCAAUGUGGUUUGCACAGAGAUGGAAAGGAAAGCACUUCUUAAAUUCAAAGAACAUCUUAAAGAUCCUUCCGAUCGACUUUCUUCCUGGGUUGGUGAAGAUUGUUGUAGAUGGAUGGGCAUAGGCUGCAGCAACCGAACAGGCAAUGUUGUACAACUUGACCUCAAAAACUAUGACUGUUACAUGGAAAGCAGAAGUGACGCAGAGGCUUAUAUUUCAUCUUGUUUGGGUGGUGAGAUAAGUACUUCUUUGCUCGACUUAAAAUAUCUGAAGUAUUUAGACCUGAGCAUGAAUAAUUUUCAAGGAAUUCCAAUCCCAGGCUUCUUGGGUUCACUUGAGAAGUUGAGAUACCUUAAUCUCUCUUAUGCGUCUUUUGGUGAAAUGAUCCCUCCUCAUCUCGGAAAUCUUUCAAGCCUGCAUUAUCUUGAUCUUUACUCCGAUCCAUUCUUUAGUCAGAGUCUUAAAACCAUUUGGGUCCGAGAUUUUAACUGGCUCUCUAGCUUAUCUUCUUUGGAAUACCUUAAUCUCGGUUUUGUUAACCUUAGUUCAGCAAGAACUGAUUGGCUGGAAGCCCUUAAUAUGCUUCCUUUUCUUUCAGAGUUACACUUGCAAGGUUGUAACCUUCAACACUUGCCUGUCUCUCUACAAAGUUUGAAUUUUACCUCCCUUUCGGUCAUUGAUCUCUCUUACAACCAUUUCAACUCGUCAUUACCCCAAUGGUUGAAUAACAUUAGUACCCUUGUUGAACUAAAUCUUGGCAAUUGUCAUAUGAAAGGUCCAAUUUUCAACAUUGCAUGGAGAAAUCUAUGUAAUGUUCGGACUUUAGCUUUAAAUGGGAAUGAGAUUAGUGGUGAGAUAAGUGAAUUGGUCGAGGGUUUAUCUCCAUGCAAUAACGGUAGCAUACAGGAGGUACACUUAAAUUUCAAUCAACUAACUGGGAAGUUGCCAGCUACAUUGGGACACCUCAAGAAUCUAAAAUCCCUGCGAAUUGAUGACAACUUACUCACAGGGCCAAUUCCAGCAUCAAUUGAAAGGUUGUCCAAUUUGACGGAAUUGGACCUCUCUUACAAUAAGAUGAAUGGGUCCAUCCCUCAAGCUAUCGGGAAGCUUACAAAAUUAACUAUUUUGCAACUUUGCCAGAACAAUUGGGAGGGACUCAUAUCUGAAAAUAUUUUCCAGGGCCUUGCAAAACUGCAAGAAUUCUCCAUAUCAUCUUCGAACACAACAUUUGUCUUCAACGUGAGCAGUGAAUGGGUUCCUCCCUUUAGCUUAGCAACAAUUGAAAUCAGAAACUGUCGAUUGGGUCCAAAAUUUCCAAUAUGGCUUAGAACUCAGAAACAACUUUCUAAUAUAAUCCUCACUGGUGUUGCCAUUUCAGACCCGAUUCCUUCUUGGCUUUGGAAAAUGUCUCCGCAGAUCCAAUGGUUAGAUCUCUCUAAUAACCAAAUUGGAGGAAUACUUCCCAGUUCACUCGAGUUCUCCCCAGGAACAUGGAUAGAUUUGAGCAUGAACCGCUUAGAGGGUCCACUCCCACUGUGGCCUAACGUGUGGUAUCUCAUCUUGUGGAACAACUUACUCUCAGGACCUAUCCCAAAGAACAUUGGCCAAGUAAUGGCAUCACUGCAAUAUUUUCUCCUUUCCGGGAAUUUUCUUAAUGGUAGCAUCCCUUUGUCUGUUGGUAAGAUGAAGAAUUUAAAUCGACUUGAUUUAUCAGACAAUGAUUUAUCUGGAAGAAUCCAUGACAACUGGAGAGAUUUGCAAGAACUCCAAAACAUAGAUUUAUCCAGGAACAAUCUAUCUGGUAACAUUCCCAGGUCAAUGUGUUCACUGCCUUCUCUUUCUGUCUUGAAAUUGGGUGACAAUAGUCUUUCUGGGGAACUCUCUCCUUCAUUGAAAAACAGCAUUUCCCUGACCUUGAUUGAUAUUGGAGAGAAUAGAUUUACUGGGAAUGUACCAAAAUGGAUUGGAGAAAGCCUUCCAUUGCUGUCGGAGUUACGCAUGCGGGACAACAUGUUCACCGGAAAUAUUCCUGAGCAACUAUGUUCUCUUUCGCAUUUCCAUGUCUUGGACCUUGCUCUUAAUAAUUUAUCGGGUACCAUACCACCAUGCCUCGGAAAUUUGAGUGACUUGAGUUCAUCGACAUCUUAUAGUCCACAAAUUCCACCGGGGCAUUACUUCUAUACACCUGAGUUGGAUUUGUUUCUGAAGGGAAGACAAAUGCAAUAUACCUCCACUCUUGAGCUUGUAAAUGUCAUCGACCUCUCGAGCAACAGCCUAUGGGGAGAGAUUCCAGAAGAUAUAACAAAGCUUUCCACCCUGGGAACCUUAAAUUUAUCCAGGAAUGAAUUGACAGGAAAGAUACCAGAGAAGAUUGCAGGCUUAAAGAAAUUGGAAACUCUUGAUCUCUCAUGCAACCAUCUUUCAGGUCCAAUUCCUCCAAGCAUGUCCUCUAUCACCACAUUAAACCAUUUGAACUUGUCUCACAACAAUUUGUGUGGUCCAAUUCCUUCGACCAACCAGUUUCUAACCUUCAAUGAUCCAGCCAUUUAUGAGGGUAAUCCAGGACUUUGUGGAGGUCCUUUAUCAACCAAGUGUCUCACGCCCAAUGGAGGGGAUGGUGAAGGCCAAGGUCAACCCAAAGAUAACGACAAUGACGAUGAAAAUGAAGACGAGUUUGAGAUGCUGUGGUUGUGGGUUAGUGUGGCAUUGGGAUUUGUUUCAGGAUUUUGGGCUGUUUGUGGUAGUUUGGUGAUAAAGAAGUCGUGGAGACAUGCCUACUUCAGAUUUUUAGAUGGCGUGAAAGAUUGGCUCUUUGUGGUCGUUGCGCUGAAUGUGGCUCGUCUACGAAGAAUGAUGGGGAGCCAUAAGAGUCCUGCACCUGCAUAGAUAGGGAACAGUCUGUGACUCGUUCAAAGGCAAGGUUUGACAGAAGACGAGAUCUUGAACAUAGAGGGCCAAUGUUAUGUAGUUGAAAGGGUAGUUGUACUCUCCUUUUUGUCUAGUAUAUGGUAUUUUGAUCUAAUUCGAUAUAGCUAUUGGAACAACAAGUUCUAAUGUUGGAUGAAAUUCACUGUCAAUCCAAUAACUGGAAUGAAUUAGGUUGACAAAUUAAGUCUAAAUAUAGCAUUAUUCGUUUAGUAUGAAUGUAUAACAUUGUCCAAAAACUUUUUUUCUUCUUUCUUUUUAGGUUAGUAUGGCGUAGUAUUGAGUAUAAUUUGUGAAAAACAGAAAGAG